UUGACUCGGGAAAUAUGUCAUCAAUGAUGGUGGUAACGGAGACGGAUGAACGGAGUCCCCUUCUUCAGAAUUCGUCCCACCAUGCCGGCGAGAUCACCUCUUCUGCUUCACCGUUACCGGACGUUGAAGAUGGACCUUCUUCUGCAACUAGACCUGCUAAUUCUACCGGUAUGAAACAACGCCUUGUCUCUCUCGACGUUUUCCGUGGUCUCACCGUCGCCUUGAUGAUCUUGGUUGAUGAUGCCGGAGGAGCUUUCCCUUCGAUAAACCAUUCUCCAUGGUUUGGUGUUACACUUGCGGACUUCGUGAUGCCGUUUUUCUUGUUUAGUGUUGGAAUUUCUGUGAGUCUUGUAUUCAAGAAAGUUUCUAGCAAACCAGCAGCAACCAAGAAAGUUGUACUCAGAACUAUCAAGCUCUUUCUUUUUGGUUUGAUUCUGCAAGGUGGAUACUUCCAUGGACGGGAUGAUCUAACUUACGGAGUCGAUGUCAACCAGAUACGGUGGAUGGGUGUGCUACAGAGGAUUUCAAUUGGAUAUCUGCUUGCUUCAAUAACUGAGAUCUGGUGUGUUGGCAAUAAUGAUGUCGAUUCAGCCAUAGCAUUUGGAAAAAAAUACUAUAUGCAGUGGGUGGUUGUCUUUGUGAUAGGCAUAUUGUACAUGUCUUUGUUGUAUGGUCUUUACAUCCCAGACUGGGGAUUUGAAGUCAUGAGCGAGAACCUUUCUUUAUCAGUACCAGAAUAUGGGAAGGAGACUCAAAUUGUACACUGUGGAGUCAGGGGUAGUCUAGAGCCCCCCUGUAAUGCAGUUGGCCUGAUUGAUCGGCUCCUCCUUGGCGAAAGUCAUCUAUAUAAAAAUCCUGUAUACAAGAGAACAAAGGAAUGUAGUGCCAAUUCUCCAGAUUAUGGACCCCUACCACCAAAUGCCCCUGCUUGGUGUCUUGCUCCAUUUGAUCCAGAGGGCCUGUUAAGUUCAUUAAUGGCUGCUAUUACGUGUUUCUUGGGGUUGCAGUAUGGACAUGUUAUGGUGCAUUAUAAGGGCCAUUUGCAAAGGAUUAUUAUAUGGCUAGUGUGUUCUUCCUCUCUGCUUAUCUUGGGAUAUGUUUUAAUGGUCCUAGGUGUUCCUUUAUCCAAACCAUUGUACACAAUAAGCUACAUGUGCAUCACAGAAGGAGCAUCGGGAAUUCUCUUGAUUGCUAUUUUUUACAUAGUUGAUGUGAUACAUAUCCAAAAACCCACCAUACUCUUCCAAUGGAUGGGAAUGAAUGCUCUCAUUGUUUAUGCUUUAGCUGCUUGUGACAUUUUCCCAGCAGCUUUACAAGGUUUUUAUUGGCGUACGCCUGAAAACAAUCUGGUUAAUGGUACGGAGUCGCUGAUUGAGGCAGCAGUCGAGUCUGAGAGGUGGGGUAAGUUGGUUUUUGUUUUUCUGGAAAUAUUAUUCUGGGGUGUUGUAGCAGGAUUCCUCCAUAUAAAAGGGAUCUACAUAAAGCUAUAAAUUGUAAUUAUCAAAAAUCUUAAUUAUUUUUGGUUAUUAACAUUCCGUUUCUGAAUGUUAUUAGCUGCAUCUUAGUAACAGUUUACCAUGGAAUAACAUUGUAGUUGUAGAGUUUGAUUGUGCUGUCUUUUGGUAUAAAUAUCUUAGUUGUUAGCGU